AUGACCCUUCGUCUGAUCAUCAUAGGUACUCGCCUCCAACAUUCCCAUCCAGACACGUCCAGUUUUUACAUAAAACCCAUCAUCCACACGAUUUCGAGCCACGUUCUUUCUGCUUUUCCCCAGAUACCCCUCCAACUUGAGAGACAACGUACAUAA